AUGGGCCAGCUCCCUAAUGGAAAUGGCUUCGAAAAGCUGCUGACUGUGGGCCUAUGUUCAGUCCCUCGACCUAAGAGAAACUACCUCCUAAGUACCCUUGAGUCUGUGUUCAAGUCUCUCUCUAAAUUUGAGCUGAGAUUUAUCACAGCGUUGGUCCACCUGGCUGAUCCCAAUUCUGUCUGGCUCAAUCAGACCAUUGCCAAGAUUGUGAUACUCUUCACCCCACAGAUACUGGCCAGGAAACUAAUAGUGAUUCAUGCCCCACCUGCCACUUAUCCUCCCUUAAGAGUCCCCAGUAAUGUCAGUGACUCCUCUGACUUGAAGGCCUUCCAAUCAAAGUGGACCUUGGACUAUGCCUUCCUCAUGAGCUUUGCUGCCAAUCUCUCUGACUACUUCCUCAUGAUCGAGGAUGACGUCCACUGUGCCCAGCACUUUGUCACUUCCAUCCAAGGAGCACUAGAGGCCUGGAAGGACAGACCCUGGGCUGCCCUGGAGUUCUCCUAUCUGGGCUUCAUCAGCAAACUCUGUCGUUCUAGAGACCUCCCCACUCUCGCCCGAUCCCUCCUUCUUUUCUACCGCCAGAUGCCUCCUGACUUGUUCCUCUCCCAUUUCCAAAAGCUGUUGGGGCAGAAGGAACCCAUUCACAUAAGCCCCUCCCUUUUCUACCAUGUUGGGGUCUACUCUUCCUUUGCUGGCUCUUACAAUGACCUAGUGGACCCGUUCCAAGAAAAUUACUACGGCCUUCCUCAUAACCCCCAAGCAUUUGUUCAUACAGACAUGCAGAUUCUUUCAAGGCAUCUCCCCCAGAAUGCCUACAAGAUAACAAAGGAUUACUUCAAGAUACUAGAGCCCAGGCCCGGCAACCAUCUGACUGUGAUUCUGACAGAGCCAGAUGAAGUGAUUCAAGUGCAGAUGCUAACAGGCACAGCCCUGGGGAGGCACUACCGCUUAUAGGAAGGCAACGUAGAAUUGGGGUACCAGCCUUCUGGGGAGCCCAUACAGUGCAGUCGAUACACGAUAAUAGGUUCACUAUAG